GGCUUGGCUUGAGAGGGGAAAGAACUCAAGCCCUCCUUCUGAGGACGGCACCGGCCCUGGGCGGAGACAGAGAGGGAGAGGUUCUUGACAAACCGGUGGAAAGUUGGAACCAGGUCUUCGCCUGGCUCCGGCCGCACGGCCUGGGGCAAGCGCUUCCUCCCCUGGGCCUCGGCCACCUUCUCUCCGAUGACGACGCCGCCCAGGGCCGCGGGUGCUGGCAGGGCUGGAGCGGGGAGAGCAAGGCUCCCCGAGCCGGGGCUGUGCGGAGGGAGCCCCGUGGAAGAGGCGGGCCGCUCCCGGUUAGUUUCGGAACCUCCCUAAGCCACUUUCCUCCUUCCUUGGCGAGUUCACCUCCCAGAGCCGCGGCAGGAAUGAACGGAAGCCAGGCCGGGAGGGUCCCGUCAUUACCCUGCCACCACACUGCCCGCCGAGCCGCGGGGAGGCUGACUUCGUAACGCCUCCCGACGCACACCUCUCGCGAGAACGCAAAGACCAAGCCGCACACGCGGCCCGUCAACCCGGCUGUCUGCGCGCGAGAGGACACGGGGACGACGGAGAGGAAACAGGGGGGGCCCUGCACGGGCCGGUGGUGGCGUGCCUUGACCGCGGGGCGUAAUUACGUCUACUGUCUGCACCAGAACUUACAGAGGAGCCUAAACCGCCAAACCCACGUGAGGGAAAGAGUGGUUUCCCGAGCGCCAACUGCGUGACGCGGCCGGACGAGGCCAGUGCCACCUGGGAGGCACCUUAGUUGCCUCGUGCUGGCCUCCCGAGGAGCCCUCUCCGAAGUUUCUUUGGAGAUCAGCCACAUACGAGCUGGUUUCCUUGUCCUUCGGGGGCCACACGUCCCCCUGGCAGAAAGAGAAGACCCCAGUGUCCCGCUCGCACGCGCACGGGGACGCCCACCACGUUCCUACAGUCCCAGCUCCGUCCUUGCCGCCGGCUGGCACCGCAGCCCGUUCCCUCAGCAUUGGACCACACUGGCGACACACAGACACAUCGCAGACCAUACAGAAGCCCUCAGAACACAACAUGGAGCCCCCUGUCUCCCACGCCUGCGCUUGCCAGAAGGGCCACUGGGAAGUCUGAAGUGCUUCCAGUUCGUAUUCACACACGUAUAUUCAAACUGCCAUGUGUCGUUCUCCAGGGUCCGUCUUGGUCGAAGCCACAAAUUGUCCCCAGGACAGCGGCACUGGGAGCUCUCUCGCCACUCCCCUUCAAAGGACUUCCGCUUGCUUCCAGUUUUGCCACGGCCCCAACCAGUGGCACAGGAGCCGCGCCUUUAGACUGCAAGCGUAAGUGGUCUCAAAGGACAGAGGAUUUAUUACAAGUGGGACCUGCCGGCUUGAGGAGCGUGUAUUCUAACUCGUCGUGCUUCCAAACGGUCUUCCCAAGAGGCUUCAGCCCAGAGUGACCUUCCUGAAACACUCACCUGGGACCACUCCUCUGCUAAAGCUUUCAGCGAGUAUCCCGAAAGGAAAAGCUGGGGAAAGAAGCCGAGAGGGGAGCGGGCGGUGAUGGGGCGGCUCCCACCGCUCGAGGGUGCUGUGUGCACCACACACGUGCGUACUUGUGUGUGCACGCUGUGGGGGGUGCAGGCAAGGCUGGGACAGGAGUUAAGCAGGAAGAACUGAGGGAGAGGAGGUCGGUGAAGACUGAGGAGUGAAGACACCAGAGUGGCACUUAAGACAGCGGGGCUGUGCGGCCACCCCGGAGGCCAAAGAGGAGAGCGCAGGUAUAAAGCAGAAAACACUUGAUGACCGGUACUUUCACAUCUCCUGCUGGGUGGCAGAUGACGGUACCUAGCACGGAAGCAUCGGGUGUCACCAGCUCUCCAGCACCCUCUCGGAUGACAUCCUUCAACACGCCCCGGUCCCCGGAAAUGUCGCGCAUCCUCCGACUUAACCUCUGGUAUGGAGACUUGCGGGGAGAAACACAAAACCUCAGAGCGCCCCGCCUGCACCCCGACUCCGGCACCCCCUGCCCGUGGCUCCCCAAAGCCCAGCCUCUCACCUGGCCGGAAGCGUUGUCCCCUUGCAGGGCCCCCGGGUUCCGCGUGCUGCCCCCCAUCGCCACGUGGCCUGCCGACGCGCACGAGCCCUCAACCCCUCGUUCUCCACCUGGCGGUGGCCCAGCCACCCCCUUUAUACCCCGCCGCCCACUCCCGCCGGUGGCGUCCAGGGGCCGCGAGGAGGCGCUCAACGUUUCGCACCAACAGCUGCCAACUGCCCUGGCGCCUCCGGUGGUGCGUGGUGGAUCACGUGAUGGGACGUGCGACACGUGAUGGGGCAGUGUGGUGCCUGAUGGGGCACGUGGCGGGAACACGCGGGGCGGGACCAGGCUCGUGAAAGUGACGCGUGGGGCGUGACCGGGCAGGUGGAGGGCAUGCGCGGAACUUGAUGGGCACGUGACAGGGACUCCCGGAGCCGGAUGUGUGCGAGCAUGAUGGAAGAUGGGGCGGUGCCGCGCUGGGAGAGAUGGAGCCCCUUGGCGGGGAGAAGUGGAUCAGGAGGAGCCGGCACCGUGGAUGGCGUGGCAGGUGAGCGUGCCCGAGCUGGAGGACCGCCUUCAGUGCCCCAUCUGCCUGGAGGUCUUCAAGGAGCCCAUGAUGCUGCAGUGCGGCCACUCCUACUGCAAGGGCUGCCUGGUGAACCUGUCCCACCGCCUGGACUCGGAGCUCCGCUGCCCAGUGUGCCGGCAGGAGGUGGAUAGCAGCAGCUCCCCGCCCAACGUCUCUCUGGCGCGGGUGAUCGAAGCUCUACAGCUCCCCGGGGACCCGGAGCCCAAGGUCUGCCAGCACCACCGGAACCCGCUCAGCCUCUUCUGUGAGAGGGACCAGGAGCUCAUCUGCGGCCUCUGCGGCCUGCUGGGCUCCCACCAGCACCACCGCGUCACGCCUGUCUCCACCGUCUACAGCCGCAUGAAGGAGGAGCUAGCGGCUCUCAUCUCUGACCUGAAGCAGGAGCAGAAGAAGGUGGAUGAGCAUAUUGCCAAGCUGGUGAACAACAGGACCCGGAUUGUCAAUGAAUCUGACGUCUUCAGCUGGGUGAUCCGUCGCGAGUUCCAGGAGCUGCACCACCUGGUGGAUGAGGAGAAGGCCCGUUGCCUGGAGGGGUUGGAGGGUCAUACCCGUGGCCUUGUGGCCUCCCUGGACAUGCAGCUGGAGCAGGCCAAGGGCACUCAGGAGCGGCUGGGCCAGGCUGAACGUGUGCUCGAGCAGUUCAGUAAUGAGAGUCACUAUGAGUUCAUCCGGAAGUAUCACUCCACGGCCUCCAGAGCAGAGCUCCAGCAGGCCCGGCCUCUGGAAGGCGCCUUCAGCCCCAUCUCCUUCAAGCCGGGCCUCCACCAGGCUGACAUCAAGCUGACUGUGUGGAAAAGGCUCUUCCGAAAAGUUCUGCCGGCCCCGGAGUCCCUCAAGCUGGACCCCGCCACCGCCCACCCACUCCUGGAACUCUCCAAGGGCAACACGGUGGUGCAGUGUGGGCUCCUGGCCCAGCGGCGAGCCAGCCAGCCAGAGCGCUUUGACUACAGUACUUGUGUCCUGGCCAGCCGGGGCUUCUCCUGCGGCCGUCACUACUGGGAGGUGGUGGUGGGCAGCAAGAGCGACUGGCGCCUGGGGGUCAUCAAGGGCACAGCCAGUCGCAAGGGCAGGCUGAGCAAGUCCCCGGAGAAUGGCGUGUGGCUCAUUGGCCUGAAGGAGGGCCGGGUGUACGAGGCCUUCGGCUGCCCUCGGGUGCCCCUGCCUGUGGCCGGCCACCCCCACCGCAUCGGCGUCUACUUGCACUACGAGCGUGGCGAGCUCACCUUCUUUGAUGCUGACCGGCCCGAUGACCUGCGGCCGCUCUACACGUUCCAGGCUGACUUCCAGGGCAAGCUCUACCCCAUCCUGGACACAUGCUGGCACGAGAAGGGUGGCAAUGCGCUGCCUCUGGUGCUGCCCCCGCCCAGCGGGCCUGCCCACCUCACCCCCACGCAGCCCACCAAGCUGUAGGGCUGCCGGUCGGUCUGCCUGCCGGCGGGCUCUUCCCAGCUGGGGCUCUGCUGGGUCCAGUGUGCAGAGAUGAUGUUCUUUACCGUGUGGGAAGGUCUUCACGCCUGUGUGUUCCUAGAAACGUUUAAUGAUAGGAAGAAAAGGACCAUAAUCCCUUCCCCUACAGCCAGGGGCCUAUUGAUUCACCUUUUGCCGGGUUAUUCACCUCCUCAUAAACCAGCAGAACCAGGCCUGGGUGUCCACGGGUUAAGAUAGGCUUCCCUUGGUCCCUCCUAAGCACACUUUCUGCUUCCUCUUUUAACUGAAGCUGGAAACAUUCCCGCACGUGAUUUCUCCAUGUCAUUGUGAACUUAAGGAUAAUAAAUUUGAUAUCGUCUUUCUCUUUA